CAAGCGGUAAAUGACGUUUCGAGUUAAUAAACAAUUAUUCUGCUGAUAACUACCUGUGCAAAUUUAGUUUCUGGAAUAACAACGCACAUUUUCAUUGUAAAAUGGGUUUAAACGAAGCCAUGAACUACGUUCUCUUCAAUAAUCCCGUUUCCAGCACUAUGUGGUCGAUGGCUUCGAAUGGGGCGAAAGCUGUGGGACUGAAGCCAAAAGCCAUAGUACAAAAUGCAGCAACUCACACAUCGACCGCUGCCCAACAAGCGCUGCCGUCAAUGUGGAAGCUUUUGGGCCACAACCGCCAUAUCAUAAGACUGGCAGGACUGAGUGGUGCUACAGCGGUGAUUCUCGCAGCUUAUGGGGCUCAUCACCACUUUCCAUUGAAGGAAGAAGAUGUGCAAGAACGCGAUCCGAAGCAAAUAUUUGAAAUGACCAACCGUUAUCAUUUCAUCCAUUCACUGGCCCUUAUGGCCGCUCCAUUUGCACGGCGUCCGUAUCUGACGAUGACUCUCAUGAUGUCUGGAAUGGCUCUGUUUUGUGGAACGUGCUACUACGUUGCCUUCACAAACGAUCGCAGCGUGGUUCGACUUACUCCAAUGGGUGGAUUUCUGUUGAUCUUUGCAUGGUUGUCAUUUAUUAUUUAAGCAUACUAAUGUUAAAAGAAAGAGCAUUUCCAUUGUUCAUUCAUCACUUUAGUAGUUGGAUUGAAGUGAAAUAAAACAACCAUUGCACUUAUU